UAAGCAUGGUUGCAAAGAGUUYGACUAUCUCCCCUGCAUCAAAAACAAAACCCUGACAGGGCACUUGAUCAAAUCCUUCAAAGUAAUGGCUCCUGGAUUAAAGAUGUGCCAAAGRAAAUGUUUCACUGAAGGCCAGUGUGUGUCGUACAACUUGGGCCCAGUAGACGGUCAGAUCAGGACGUGUGAGUUGAGUGCUGCUGAUCACUGGAUGCGACCCAAGUUCUUGAUCUUUAAAGAAGGCUUUGAGUACUGUCCGAUCAAGAAUCCUUGUUCGUCCAAUCCUUGUCCAGCAGGUAGACUCUGUACACCUGAUUUCAGUUGGGAUACGUUCAGCUGUGAUGACGGCGGCUGGACACAGUGGGGCUCCUGGNGCUCCCGGAUUAAAGAUGUGCCAAAGGAAAUAAUCCUUGUUCGUCAAAUCCUUGUCCAGCAGGUAGACUCUGUACACCUGAUUUCAGUUGGGAUACGUUCAGCUGUGAUGCAUUUCACUAAAUACUCAGCUAAGGAUGGCUGUAAAGAGUUUGCCUAUCUCCCCUGCAUCAAAAACAAAACUCUGACAGGUCACGUGAUCAAGUCCCUCGAAGUCUUAGUUCCCGGAUUAGAGUUAUGUCAAAGUAGAUGUUUCUCUGAACGCCAGUGCGUGUCGUACAACUUGGGYCCAGUAGACGGUCAGAYCAGGACGUGUGAAUUGAGUGCUGYUGAUCACUGGAUGCGACCCAAGUUCUUGGUUUCAAAAGAAGGCUUCGAGUACUGUCCGAUAAAGAAUCCUUGUUCGUCAAAUCCUUGUCCUUCAAAUAGACUCUGUACACCUGAUUUCAGUUGGGAUACGUUCAGCUGUGAUGACGGCGGCUGGACACAGUGGGGUUYAUGGAGUCCAUGUUGUAUAAAUGGAAAGCAGAACAGAACUAGAAGCUGCUCAAAUCCCCCUCGUCAAAACAAUGGCGCGAGUUGUGUUGGAGAACACGUAGAGACCGCAAAAGAGUGCACAACCAAAAAUGAUUUCAAGAAUAUCGGCUGCUUUAUCGACGAUAAUUUUGACCGUGCAUUACCUAAAGCCCUAGACGCUGGAGACAAACCAUACACCAUUUGUAAUUGUGGACGUAAGGCCCAAAGCAAAGGCUACAAAGUGUUCGCUGUCCAAUCCUUUGGCUCUGAUUGUUGGAGUGGCUCAACUGCUGAUAAAACCUACAAUARGCAUGGAUCUGCAUCAAAUUGCCCCCCAACUGGAAUUGGCGGAUUACGUACUAAUGAUGUAUAUAGAAUUAUAGAAAUCCCUUGACACUUGAGCGGGGCAAAAAAGGAAGAUGUGCAGAGUAAUAUUGUUUUUAACACAUCCUGGUUCACGUCGGCAUCGUUUCAUUCGCACAAACUAUCGUUAAUGUUUUUAUAUGGAUAUGCAAUGCAGUUCGUUGGGAAGACAAUAUAUGUUUACUACUUUUAUAUAUUUUUUUUGUCUAUAUUAAUGUUCUUUUUUAUAUAAGCAUUCCUUGAUGAAAAGAUAAACAAAACUUAGAAAAAGACGGGAAAAUAUGAACAGCCCUGGAAGCCAGCCAAACACGUGUUUUCAAUGACCGCAGGAAGAAACCAACGAUAAGAACCAAACACGAUGAAACGUUACGUCAUUGUGUAAUUUUAAUUAAUCACUUGAAAGUAGUUACAAAUGAAAUAUAUACUUAGAAAUACACGAAAUAAAUGCUACAUUUGUACACUUUUAUUACUUUUGCCGACAAAUAUUUGUGCAUCAUGCUCAACGAAACACAGUAAACAAUCCAAUGGAAAUGGUUAUUAAAAUU